AUCGAUUAUUAAAGUUUUUCGCUAACCUUAGUCCGUAGUCGGUGAAUAAGAUUUUACAAUUUCCGAUAAGUAAUGGUUAUUAAAGUAUAAAAGCAAAACUAGCACUUCUCCACUAUUCUAAUAUCGUAGUACAUGCAUUAAAGAUGAUGCUUUUUAUGUUACUGUUCAGUAGGCAAGGAAAAUUGCGAUUACAAAAAUGGUAUAUGGCCUAUCCUGAUAAAGUAAAAAAGAAAAUUACUCGUGAGUUGGUGACUACAAUUCUUGCACGUAAACCUAAGAUGUGUUCGUUUUUGGAGUGGAAAGAUUGCAAAAUUGUUUACAAGCGGUAUGCGAGUCUAUAUUUUUGUUGCGCUAUUGAACAGAAUGAUAAUGAAUUGCUAACCCUUGAAAUUAUUCAUCGUUACGUUGAGUUGUUGGAUAAAUAUUUCGGAAGUGUCUGUGAAUUGGACAUAAUUUUCAAUUUUGAAAAGGCCUACUUCAUACUGGAUGAACUGUUAAUAGGUGGAGAAAUACAGGAGACAUCGAAAAAGAAUGUGCUCAAAGCAAUAGCAUCCCAGGAUCUGCUACAAGAGGAUGAAGCUGUUGAGGGCACUUUAAGAGACAUUGGACUACUGUAGAAAUUGUAAGAAAUUCUAAAAAAAAACAUUUAUCAAUAGUUUAAUUAUUGCAAAGCGGAGAGUUCUUACUUUUUAUAGGAUUGUACAUAUUAUAGCUAUCCUAACUAAAUCUGUUCAAAUCAAAUGUCCCAAUUAAAAUGUAAUUAAAUCCUUACCUGUGCAAUAUAGUUUCUGUUUUAUGACUUAAUGUCUACAUAUUUUUUUUUUGCUAUGCUGUAUUUAAACCGUAAAUUGUUAUAAAUAUAUUUGUUAAAUGUAAGUUUCUAUGAACUUGACUCCAAAAAAAUUAGCACUUCAACAGUAUAAACAUAUUAAAAAACUUAGGUGAAUUGUUGGUACAGUAUUAUUUGUAAUUAUGCUUUCUUGAAGAUAUUUAAAUAAAGAUUCACAUGGAAAUAUUUUAGA